AUGCAGCUGACAACAUCACUAUCCACGAAUGACACUCAACGCGUAACCGAGCAUACCCCUCUUUUACGAGAGAUCGAACGCAACGACACACAUAUAGACCCCGCUGGCGGGAAUUCAGCUGGUGGCUCUAAUUUUGCGGCUUAUAUUGACAUUGUAUGCAUCGUUGCUGGAACUGGCAUUUUGGGCUUACCUUACGCGCUGAAGCAGAGUGGAUGGAUCGGUAUGGGGCUCAUCGUACUUGCAAUGGUUGCUACCACUUAUACCAGCAUCUUGUUAAUCAAGUGUCUUCAUUACAACAGCCAUACUCGCUUAACGUCAUACGCUGAAAUAGGCUAUCAUGCUUAUGGCAAUGUCGGCAAAUACGUCGCUGGCAUCUUUAAUGAUAUCAUUCUCCUUGGCGUUCCGGUUUUAUUCUUGAUAUUUGCAGCACAGAAUCUCAACGAUCUUGCCGUUCACAAUUUCAGCAUAGAAUUGGGGAUUACAAUAUGGACCAUGAUCUGCGGGUUAUUGGUCGCUGUUCCGUUUAUUACGAUGAAGACAAUAAAGGAGAUUACGAUUUUGAGGUUUGUUGCCAACAAAUUGAGAUGGAAAAAAGCGAAACUUUUCGAUAGGUUUAACUCUCUCGUGGUGACUGUAAACAAGCAUCUGACACAAUAUCAACUCUUUCAUUUUACUGUUCUCGUCUCUAGCUUCUUCGGCUCCUUCUCAACAUUAUUCUGCAUUCUAGUGGUAAUCGUUCUCUCUAUUCUCGACACUCCGGGCAACCGUUCUGAUCUGCCUCCGCCCGAACACCAAAUAAUAUCGUUCUCGGAAUUUCCCGUGGCGUUCGCCACGAUUUCAUUCUCAUUCGGUGGCAAUAUCGUAUUUCCUCACAUCGAAGAAGCUAUGCAAAAGCCAAAUGAUUGGGGAAAAGUAGUCAUUGGUGCGCUAUCGACGUGUGCAGUCAUUAACUUGAUAACGGCUGGAGUUGCCUAUGCUGUUUAUGGCAAUAACGUGGCUAGUCCUGUGCUCUCUAGUGUGCCGAAUGGUCUCGCAUUAACCAUAGCAACGUUAAUGAUAACGCUCCACGUUCUUUUUACGACUCCCAUUCUCAUGACUGCCUUUGCUCACGAUGCCGAGAAAACGCUCAAAGUGACUCGAGAUCAUCUCACACCUGGUGCCGAAUUUUUGUUUCGUUUCCUCCUCCGCGCUUUUCUUGUCGUUGUUUCCGUCUUUGUGGCCGUGAUCGUCCCAUUCUUUGGUGACUUUAUGGCCCUCCUCGGAGCACUCGCAAACUGUCUUUUGGUAUUCGUGUUGCCUGUAGUGUUUUACUUGAAAUUAUAUGGAUGGAAGACGGUGACAACAUCGGAGAUUAUCUGGUGUAUGUUUGUUAUGACAAUAGGUGUUAUUGGGUGUCUGUUUGGGUCGGCAAACGCGAUUUUAGCCUUGAUGAAGGAUUUCAGAGAGUCGAUGUAG